AUGAUGGCCAUAGUUAGCUCCGGGGAUGAUGGCUGCGGACUAAACAACACCGCCGCCAACUGCCCGGAGCGUCUGCUCCUCCUCCUUGCCCCUCUCUGCUCCUCUCCCUACCCCUCUCUCACGCCGCACCCACCGAUCCACACUGGCGACGGUGAGCUUUGGUCGCGGGCAGCGGGGACGGGCAGUACCAAAACGGGUGCUUGUCGACCCAUCAGCUGGCGCUGCAAAACCACCCAAGACGGCCAACAACAUGCAGCCCUACCCCGGACCCCCCAGGCCCGCCCCUCCACCGGCCCCGAAUCUUGCCUUUUUUUUCCUCCCUCGGCCGCCGUCGGUGGGCGCGCGGGCACCGGGGGACACACCCCUGGGAGGGAGGGCGCCGCCACACGCCAAACCGAUCCCAACGCGCAGGCCCCGAUCGAGGAGAUCGAGGGGGCCGUGCAUGCAUGCAUGCAGCGGUACUGUGCCCGCCUGCCGCCGUCGUAG